AUGUGCACGAGACGCGAAGGCAGAGGUCGCACUGGUCCCUGGGGUCUGGAGUUCUUGCGGUCGGGAUCGCCAGGAGCGCGGCUCUUCGCCGCCGGCCGCUUCGCACAUUUGGUGCGCGUGGCGGCGAGUCGCGCGCGCCAGAGGAGCUUCGCCAGGGCCUCAGAGUGCUCCGAGCUGCGGGAGGUCUUCGAGCUGGCAGAUGCCGACGAUAAUGGCAAGAUCAGCGCCCAGGAGCUGUUAAGCGCGCUUCGAGUUCUGGGAAUCACCACAGACCUCAGCCGAGUCCGCAGCAUCGUGGCAGACCUCGACCGAGAUGGAGAUGGCGAGAUCGACUUCCAGGAGUUCAUCCAAGUCAGCUGCAGCCCGCAAAGCGAUCUCCUGCUACGCGCGGUCAACCGAGGGCGCUUCGUCUCCCGUUGGAGCGCGUUGCUUUUCGAGCAUGAUGACCCGAGCACCUGGAGUGUGCGGAAAUGGGCACGAGCCGCUCGCCGUUUAGAACAUCUCACCGAUUCCGAUCUGUCCCGCUUGCUGGAUGACCGGCUCGCAACCCCAUCUGCGGCGGUCUUUGGUGGGAGUUUUGUACCAGAGGACCACUACCGGACCGGUGUCAUGGUGCGGCUCAGCUGGUCGAGUUGUUUCAGGAUGUGA